AUGCCAGUGUCCGAUAAGGCUUAUUUGGCCAAAUAUCUUUCUGAUAGUCGCCAUCAUCAUCACGACUCUCGGAAACCCGAAGAAGCAGUUGGAAAAAUUAUUAUACCCAAGUCCUAUGGUGGAUCAACAAGGGAAAAUUUUCGGAAUGAUGAUAGAGAGGAUGAUGAUGAUUUGCAACCUGUGGUGAUUCAUGAAAGAGUGGAUGAUAAGAGGAAGGAAUCGGAUCUUGUAAAACGUAAAAGGCAAGAUGAUUUAUCACCUGUGAGAAAUAGCAAGCAGGAUUUAACUGAAAAUGUAAUUUCUUCUACAAGUCGUCGGAGGCAUGAUAGCGAUGAUGACGAGGACUUAUCACCCAUACGAAAAUCAAUAGAUGUACAAUCUUCAAACAUUAUUCCUCAUAGAGAAAUGACCAUUUCAAAGAAGAGGUAUGAUAGUGACGAGGAUGAAGAUUUAUCACCGCCACGACAACCACCAACAAAAAUAAGUAAGAGACAUGACAGUGAUGACGAAGAUUUGUCACCACCAAGAAAUACAAAACCUAGUGUAGUAAUAGAAAAAAAGAUUCGACAUGAUAGUGAUGAUGAAGAUUUAUCACCAGUUCGAAAUGUGCAAAAUUUAAAUAAUAUAUCCCAUGUAGAAACAGCAACUGUUAGCAAAAGACGUCAUGAUAGCGAUGAUGACUUGUCACCAUUGCGAAAACCAGCAGCAACAACAAGCAUUACUAGCAGUAUUUCAUCAAAUGAAAAACACUCAACAGCAGCUGCACCUAGCAGCGACGCUAUUCAGCAACUACUAGGCCGAAGGCUUACUGGAAAUGAGCCUGAAACUACCGUUUACAGACAUCCAGAAACUAAGAAAAUUAUCUCUUUCGAGGAAUAUGCUGAAUUAAUGAAAAAGAAAAAAAAGCAAACAAAAAAGAUUACUCAAAAUGAAAUUGCUUGGGCAAAGGGCCUAAAACAGAAAGAAGAAUGGAAGGAAAUGCAAGAUGAGCUAGACAAGUCCAAGUCUGAAACAUACAAACCUAUUUAUGCACAAGAUUCUUCGUUCAAUGAAUAUUUGAGCAAUCAACUCAAAGAAGAAGAUCCUAUGGCAAGAAUUUUGUCGGCAAAAAAGACAACUGAGGAAAAGAUCAAGCACAAGAAAAUAAGAAAAGUUUAUCUUGGACCAGCUCCAGAGAAUCGUUUUGACAUUCGACCAGGCUGGAGGUGGGAUGGUGUGGAUAGAUCAAACGGAUUUGAAGCACAAUACUUUAAACGACUGUCCGAUAAUUCAGUGAAGGAAAGUGAAGAAUUUAUGUGGAGCAAUGCGGAUUUGUAA